GACAGAGCGCGCCAGGACCGAAAGAGCCUAGCCCUGCCUCCGAGCUGAACUCCCUGAAGAGAGCGCCUCAGACAUCCUCGCGCCUUUUAUUAUCCAGCGCUCCCCACAAGUGCGCCAUUCUUUUUGAAUUCCAUCUCCUUGCAUCGACACACCACCCACCGCUCUAUUGUACGCCAUCGCCCCGAGUGCAGCCCCGACCCGCUGCCCACCAUGGCCUACAACAACCAGGCCUACGGCGAGCCACACACCGGCUACGACCGCAGGGACGAGGACGAAGUCGCCCGCUCGCUGCUCCACGAGAACCCCACGGGCGCCCACCCAGACCCCUUCUACGGCCAUCCCGCCGAACAGCGCCCACACUCCACAUACAGCCUGUCAGAGACAUAUGCCACCGACAGGCCAACGCAGUACCCGGGACAGGCCCACGAGGGCUCCGACGUCUACUCGGCCACCGGCGGCUACGACCCGGCCUCGGACUUUGGCGCACCACAGCGGGCUCCCUCGCCCUAUGCGAGGAGCGAGACCAGCUCCACCGCCGCAUGGAGGGAGCGACAGCAGCCCGGCGGUGCCGUUGCAGCAGCCGGCGGCCUCAAGCGCGGCAUGACCCGUAAGGUCAAGCUUGUGCAGGGCUCCGUCCUCAGUGCCGACUACCCCGUGCCCAGUGCCAUCCAAAAUGCCAUCCAGGCCAAGUACCGCAAUGACCUCGAGAGCGGCAGCGAGGAGUUCACCCACAUGCGAUACACGGCCGCGACGUGCGACCCCAACGACUUCACGCUAAAGAAUGGCUACAACCUGCGUCCGGCCAUGUACAACCGCCACACCGAGCUGCUCAUUGCCAUCACCUACUACAAUGAAGACAAGGUCCUGACUGCGCGUACCCUCCACGGUGUCAUGCAGAACAUCCGCGACAUUGUGAACCUCAAGAAGUCCGAGUUUUGGAACAAGGGUGGUCCGGCUUGGCAGAAGAUCGUCGUGUGCCUUGUUUUCGACGGUAUCGACCCCUGCGACAAGGGCACGCUCGACCUGCUCGCCACCGUCGGCAUCUACCAGGAUGGUGUCAUGAAGAAGGACAUUGACGGCAAGGAGACGGUUGCUCACAUCUUCGAGUACACCACACAGCUGUCCGUCACUCCCAACCAGCAGCUCAUCCGCCCGCACGAUGACAGCGCCAGCACCCUUCCCCCCGUGCAGAUGAUGUUCUGCCUGAAGCAGAAGAACAGCAAGAAGAUCAACUCCCACAGAUGGCUCUUCACUGCCAUUGGCCGCAUCCUGAACCCCGAAGUCUGCAUUCUGCUCGAUGCCGGUACCAAGCCUGGCCCCAAGUCGCUGCUCGCGCUCUGGGAGGGUUUCUACAACGACAAGGACCUCGGAGGUGCCUGUGGUGAAAUCCACGCCAUGUUAGGAAAGGGCUGGAAGAACCUCCUCAACCCCCUCGUCGCCGCACAGAACUUCGAGUACAAGAUCAGUAACAUUCUCGACAAGCCGCUGGAAUCGUCCUUUGGUUACGUCUCUGUGUUGCCCGGUGCUUUCUCCGCCUACCGCUACCGCGCCAUCAUGGGCCGACCUCUCGAGCAGUACUUCCACGGUGACCACACCCUCGCCAAGAUCCUCGGAAAGAAGGGUAUUGAGGGCAUGAAUAUUUUCAAGAAGAACAUGUUCUUGGCCGAAGAUCGUAUUCUCUGUUUCGAGUUGGUCGCCAAGGCCGGCUCCAAGUGGCAUCUUACAUACAUCAAGGCUUCAAAGGGUGAAACCGAUGUGCCUGAAGGUGCUGCAGAGUUCAUCGGUCAGCGUCGUCGUCUGGUUGAACGGUUCCUUCGCUGCCGGUAUCUACUCCCUGCUCCAUUUCGGCCGCAUGUACAAGAGUGGCCACAACCUCGUUCGCAUGUUCUUCUUCCACAUUCAGCUGAUCUACAACAUGUGUCAAACGGUCCUCGCAAUGAAAAAUUUGCCGAAUCUUUCUUCAAAUCUGAUGGUGUGGGUAUCAUCAUUAUUGCGCUUGCUGCGACUUUCGGUCUCUACUACGUUGCCUCGUUCCUCUACAUGGACCCAUGGCACAUGUUCACCUCGUUCCCUCAGUACCUUUUGAUCAUGUCCUCGUAUGUCAACAUUCUCAACGUGUACUCGUUCUCCAACUGGCACGAUGUUUCUUGGGGUACAAAGGGUUCCGACAAGGCCGAUGCGCUUCCGUCAGCGAUUACCGAAAAGGGCAAAGACGGUAAACACACGGUUAUUGAGGAGCCAGAUUUACCACAGGCCGAUAUUGACAGCCAGUUCGAGGCUACCGUCAAGCGCGCUCUCGCCCCCUACGUCCCACCUGUCGAGGGCGACGAGAAGACACUCGAGGAUUCGUACAAGUCUUUCCGUACUCAUUUGUGUACUGCCUGGAUUGGUUCUAACGCUACCCUCGCCGUUGUCAUUACACAAGACAAGUUUGACCGCUUCGGUUUCUCGUCAAACGCCUCAAGCCGAACCAUGCACUUCUUCCAGGCCCUCCUGUGGGCCACCGCGGCUCUCGCUCUCGUCCGUUUCAUCGGAUGUUUGUGGUUCCUCGGCCGCACCGGUCUCUUCUUCUGCGUGCGCAAGCGCUAAAUCAGCGUCUUCCCCUAAUGAAUGUUUUGGGCGUUAUUCCGGAUCAUCCAGCAGGCUGGCGCUGCUUGCUUUGCUCGAGAACAAAAAAACCCUACACACAUACACUAAAGCCCCAAUGGCCAUGUGCAACGAGUUAUCUGUAUUACACCCCUCUGUUUGCAUCGGUAACUGAUACCGCGGAUUACAAUCUUUAAUGAUGGAUCUCGCUUGAUGACUUGACUUGGAAUUGGAUACACUAUUGGUGUAAUCUUCGUUGCGAGAUAGCGGGCUUGCGGUUUGGGUUUUUACAUUUAGAAUGAAUACUAUCAUAUUUUACAAA